AUGAACGUCGAUCGCCCCGGGCGCCGUAUCCGCCUCCCAUGGGAGUCUCGAUCCAAAGUCGCUGCCCGCGACCGCGAUGACGAUGCGACUUUGGUGUCCAGGCGCGUCCCACUCGCUAAGCACCUUCCUCCGGGGGUGAAGAAUCACUUUGUCGCUAUGAUGAGUGAGUUCGUAGGAACGUUCAUGUUUCUACUGUUUGCAUUCGGAGGUACCAAUGCUGUCAAUACCGCGCCAACAGCAAGCGGUGAUGCGUUGAACGCGGAUCCAGCCAAGUUAUUAUACAUUUCGUUGUGUUUCGGUAUGAGUUUAGCUGUGAACGCUUGGGUGUUUUUCAGAAUAAGUGGCGGUCUCUUCAACCCAGCUGUUACGCUGGGCAUGAUGCUAGUUGGAGCUGUCACAUAUAUCCGGGGUAUGUUGAUCGUCAUUAGCCAGAUACUAGGUGCGAUCGCUGCGUCAGCAGUCGUUCUUGCACUCUUCCCAGGGCCGCUCAAUGUUCGUACAUCACUUGCUGGUGGCACAACUGUUGUUCAGGGGCUAUUUAUCGAAAUGUUCUUGACGGCUAUGCUGGUAUUUGCCAUCUUCAUGCUGGCAGCUGAGAAACAUAGGGCUACAUUCAUUGCCCCGGUUGGAAUUGGCUUGGCUUUGUUCAUUUGCGAGUUGAUGGGCGUCUACUACACCGGUGGUAGUGUAAACCCGGCUCGAACCUUUGGACCCUGCGUUGUUCUCGGAUCGUUUUACAGCUAUCACUGGAUCUACUGGGUUGGGCCUAUCCUUGGUUCCCUCCUCGCUACUGGGUUCUACUUGCUAGUCAAAGCGCUUGAGUACGAAACGGUCAACCCCGACCAAGAUACCGAUGGCGAAAUGCGUUUAGCAUUCGAUCCAAACACAGGCGAGGAGCGAAAGGUUGUGCAUGCUAAUAACGGCACUCUCAGACCCGUCACUGCAAGCACCGACGGGCUACGUCUGGAAGUUCGAUCGCAAGGUCAUGAUUAUGCUACAAGACCGAGUACAAGCGAUAACACAUAUAUGGACAGUAACAACUUGGAAGCUGGUACACAUGUGAGGCAUGGUUGA